CUUUGAGGGAAUGUGAGAGUUACUGCACAGGUGUAAUUCCACAGGUGUGUGUGUGUGUGUGUGUGUGUGUGUUUGCAUGCGUGGAUGCAAAGAAAGGGCAAUACAGGAAGUGGGAUUUUGGUGUAUUUGUAAGUGUGUGUGCGUUGAACAUCGAGGAUGCCGAACUCCACCAUCAACUUCUAUGCGCUGACUCAGUCCUUCAGCUCCUCGGACAUUAUUGUCAUAGUGACCUACUUCCUUCUCAACAUCGCUGUCGGCAUCUGGUCAUCAUGCAGGGUGAGCAGGAAUACUCUGAGCGGAUACUUCUUGGCUGGACGGGACAUGGCGUGGUGGCCGAUUGGAGCGUCUCUCUUUGCCAGUUCUGAAGGCUCAGGUCUGUUCAUCGGGCUGGCCGGUACCGGAGCCGCUGGAGGCAUCGCGGUCACCGGCUUCGAAUGGAACGCCACCUAUGUGUUGCUGGCCCUGGCCUGGGUAUUUGUGCCUGUCUACAUCUCUUCAGGGAUCGUGACGAUGCCAGAGUACCUGGGCCGUCGUUUCGGAGGAGGGAGGAUCAGAACCUACCUGGCUGUCCUCUCGCUGCUGCUGUCCAUCUUCACAAAGAUAUCCACUGACCUGUACUCCGGAGCCCUGUUUGUCCAGGUGUGUCUGGGAUGGAACCUCUACCUGUCCACUGUCCUCAUGCUGGUGGUCACGGCUCUCUACACUAUCGCAGGUGGUCUUGCCGCCGUCAUCUACACCGACACCCUCCAGACGGUCAUCAUGAUCAUCGGGGCCAUCAUCCUGACGGUCACCGCCUUCAACGAGAUCGGUGGCUACGGCAACCUGGAGCGCGUGUACCGCAUGGCGGUGCCCAGUAAGAUCAUCCCCAACAGCACCUGCCACCUGCCGCGCGAGGACGCCAUGCACCUGUUCAGGGACGCCGUCACCGGGGACCUGCCGUGGCCCGGCAUGACGCUGGGGCUCACCAUACUGUCCACCUGGUACUGGUGCACUGACCAGGUGAUUGUCCAACGGUCCCUGUCUGCGAAGAACAUUAGUCACGUGAAAGGAGCGUCCAUCCUGGCUGCCUAUCUGAAGAUGCUGCCCUUCAUCUUCAUCGUCCUCCCUGGCAUGAUCAGCCGAGCUCUCUAUCCAGACACUGUAGGAUGUGUGGAUCCAGAAGAGUGUGUGCGAGUGUGUGGAGCCGAGGUGGGGUGCUCCAACAUCGCCUUCCCCAAGCUGGUCAUUGAACUCAUGCCGAGUGGCUUGCGUGGACUCAUGAUAGCCGUGAUGAUGGCGGCUCUGAUGUCAUCGCUGACCUCCAUCUUCAACAGCAGCUCCACGCUCUUCACCAUGGACAUCUGGAAGAAGCAUCGCCAACGGGCCUCGGAGAAGGAGCUGCUACUGGUCGGCAGGAUCGUGACCGUGAUCUUGGUGGUGGUGAGCGUGGUGUGGAUCCCCAUCCUGCAGUCGGCCAACAGUGGCCAGCUGUAUGUUUACAUCCAAUCGGUGACGAGCUACCUCGCGCCGCCCGUCACCGCCGUCUUCACCCUGGCCAUCUUCUGGAAGAGGACCAAUGAGCAGGGUGCGUUCUGGGGCCUGAUGGUGGGCUUGGUGGUGGGUUUGUGUCGGAUGGUGCUGGAGUUCUCCUUCCCGCCUCCCAGAUGCGGCGUGGUGGACUCGGCGCCCGCCGUCCUGCGCAGCGUCCACUACCUCCAUUUCGCCAUCCUGCUCUGUGGACUCACCGCUAUUGUUGUCACCGUCGUAUCGCUGCUCACGCCGCCGCCCAGCCACGAACAGCUGUGUAACCUGACCUGGUGGACUCUGACUGAAGAGCCACCGAGAGAAAUCCCUCUGCAGAAAGUUUCCUCUCUCAGCCGCCGCAGCUCCCAGGGCUCUGAGCCGACCCGGCGGGGGACAUGUGGUCGGGGGACAGGACUGUGUAUCUCAGCGACGCGGCGCUCAGAGGAAACUCCAACUCCCAGAGUUCAAAGCAUGAGAGAGAGCGUGUUCUGGUCCAGGUUCUGCUGCGUUAACGCGAUUCUGGUGGUCAGCAUCAACAUUUUUCUCUACGCAUACUUUGCCUGAGUAGCGUCUCGACCUCUUGUUGACCUCCAUCGUCGAUCUCUCUGAGAACACGGCGACAACAAACUUCUUUCUUUUUACUGAUUUUACAUAAAUCUAGAUUUUACAUUUGUAAAAAAAAAAAACGUUUUAAACUAGAAAACACAGAGAGCAAGAAAACCUCCAACCCCCACGCAUCCUCAUGACGACAACGUUGAGAAUGAUCUGGAUCCACCUCCGUUUCAUACUACACAUAAUCAUACAGAUAAGAAUGACGUAGGAGAAUUUAAGGAAGCUCAAAAGGUCACCUUUUAAAAAUAUAAGCUGGUUUUAAAGUUUUGAGAAGGCUAUUCUAAACAUUACAAUGAUGCUCGUAGCUUAAAACAUGACAUUUCAAUGAAAGGCAGACGCGCAUCAUCUGAAAUUGAAAGUGUACGAAAUAUUUGGUCAGAAUACAUUUAUCAUGUUUUCGGUUAAAUGUUUUUACCAUCGUUGUUUUGGUCUAUAUGCAUAAUAGUAAUUAUAUAGUUGUGUUUAUGGCGUUGUGUUUUAUGCUAUUUAGUUCGUUUCCGUUGUUUGUAAAUCUAACUUUCUCAACCUUUUUGAUUUGUUAUGUCAAUUUAAAUAUACACACUUGGUGUUCUGUAUUUAGGAGAGCAUGUGUAGCAUCUAAAUGAUAUGAAAGUAAUAAGACGUUUUACAAUUAUUCUCUAUUUUUACAUAUUCAUCAGAGAGAUUACAAUGAACCUGAACUUUAAAUUGUCUUUAUCUUCUUUCCGCUUGACGACAGACUCACCCGGUUGAGAAGCGUCUGUCGCUGUGCUUUUUUUAAUGCUGAAAUUCUUAUAAAGGACCUCAUGUUAAUCAAAAGACAACAUAUCCCGACAGUUUGUCCAUAAAUGUUUAUUCUUGUGAUUUCUCAAAUAAAUUGAAAAGAUAUGUGCAUCAAAGCUACAAGUGUUGCUCAAGUAUUUAUAACCAGAUGUAUCACUCUUUA